CAAUUCUAAUGCUUAUUAUUUUUUUAAUGAUGCCAUUAAAUUUAAAAGAUAGAAGUGGAAUAUUUUCCUAUUUAAGCCGCCCAAACUUAAUGCACCAAUAUUUAUAAAAUUAAGAUUACAAAAUUAGAAUUGCCAGUAAGGAAAAUAGAAAUUGUAACAAUAAAAUCAAAAUAAAUGUACAACGACUAGACAUUAUCAUAAAUUAGGAAUUGCAUACUUGAUAAUAAUAGCAAAGGAUAUUACUACAAAAAAGGAUAGGAUUUAUAGACAGAUAUUUACAGACAAUUUAUAUUUAUAUACUUCUAGUAUGUGAUAUACAUAAAAAGAAAGUGUGUAUAAGGAUAUAUAUACUUGAAAUAGGUAAACAAAACUUAAAAGUGCGAUCUCCUCUCAAAAGACUUUCAUUUAUUUUUAAUUAUUCUAUGUGUCAUUCAUUUUUUCUCAUGUUCUUCUAAAUUUUGUGUGUUUAUAAUCAAACAGUAUGAAUAAGCUUGCUGUAACAUUUGUGACAUAUUCUUGUUGGCAUACAUCUUCCAAGAAAUAGCUUAAUAUAAAAGCAAAAUAAUUAGUAUUUAAAUAUAUAUUUUGAUAUAGCUAAUAUGAUUGGAAAGGUUAAAUAAUCUGUUUGAUUUAAUAUAAACUAUUUUCUUUAAUAAUGUCAAAUGUAUGGACUGGGAACGAUACUGAGAAAUUAAUAGUACUUUAUGGACAAUAUCAGUGUUUGUGGAAUCCAUUCCACCCUGAGUUCAAUAGUACAUUGUCACGUUACAAAGCAUACAAGAAGAUAAAAAACUCCAUUGAUAUCCCUGGAUUAACGAUAUGUGAUUGCAUUGAAAGAAUUACAAAUGUAAAAAAAGAAUACUGUUAUGAACUAUCGAAAAUCACUGCAGCUAUAUUUUGUGAAAAAUUAUACUCGCCAAAAGCAGAAUGGUUUAAAAGAAUGCAUGUGCUUUUUUUUCCAUAUAUACCGACAUCUCUUUCGAGUGAUUUUAUAAAGGUAUAUGUAUGUAAUGCAAAAGAUCGUUCCACAUACAUGGAUGAUAUUUCUGUAGAAGUGUAUAGUAGAAGAAAAACUGAAGAUAGUUUUGAUAUAUUUGGGAAAAGUAUAGCGUUUCAAUUGCGAAAUAUUGACUUAAAAACUGCUGUGGAAUUGGAAAAAGAUAUACAAAACUUGAUAACAAAAACGCGAUUAAAAACUUUAAAGUCUAAAUUAAUUGAUUGGAAUGGCAGCUCAAUCUGCUGCUGUGAUUGUAGCGAUUGCAAAGUAAUGUGUAAAAACGAAACUUGUAGUUGUGGCUUAACAUUAAAGGAAUGUUAUUACUAACAAAGAUCAAAGAAAAAAAGAGUUAUGGGUUUUGUUACAAAUAGAGAAUUAAUCUUGAUAAUAUUGAGAUAAUCGCAAGUAAUAUUUAUGUAUUCUUAAAUUAUUAUUUUUAAAUAUAAGUAACAUAUC